CUUUGUCGAGAGGCACUUGCAUGGCGUCAGCUCCGGCAUCCGUGUAUCGUUCCAUUCCUCGGGUUGUAUCAAGAUUGCGAUCUACGCAGCUCCGUGUGCAUGAUAUCUCCAUGUAUGCGGGGUGGAAAUCUGUCCACGCAUGCAGAGCGCGAACGCGAGAGAUUACAUCUCCUUCCUGUCAUUCGUGACAUUCUGGAGGGGCUUUGCUAUUUGCAUGGACAACAUUACGUCCAUGGUGACCUGCGUGCAGUAAACAUACUAUUGGAUGAAAAUGGUCGAGCAUACAUCUCAGACUUUGGCUUGAUAUCUUUACUGGAUCAAAUCCACGACAAAUCCACAAAAGGUCGUGGGAAUCCACGAUGGACGGCCCCCGAGCUCUUCGAGUCCGACUUCAAGCGCACCUUUUCAACCGAUAUGUACUCUUUUGGAUGCCUGUGUCUUGAGAUAAUCACCCUGAAGCCUCCAUUCUAUGAAAUUCCCCGUGAUUGUUCUGUGAUCGCUUGCCUGCUCAAGGGA